GGCGUGUGUCGGGUGGCGGCGUGCCGGGCGCUGUCGUCGCGACGCCCGGGCCAUCGGCAGCAGCUCGUCGGCUUUCGGUCGGCUUUCGCGGAGGAUGUCGAUGCCUCGCGUGGCGCGCCCUUCGGGGGGGUGCCUGCCAAAGAAGUGUCUCCCACGGUACGUUACGCGUGUACCGAUAACGACUACUCUCUCCAGUUUCGUUUCGUCGAUUUUUGUUUUCAAAUCUUUUUAAGAAUUUGCGAGUUUAUCCGAAAGUCUCGGUGAAUGCGAAGAAAUGAAAUACAAAUAGAGAGAUAAAGAGAGAGAAAGAGAAAGUGAGAGAUAGAGGAAUGUAUUGAGAUAAAACAAAAGAAAAAAGAAAAAAGUAGUAAUAUAGUAAUAGAGUUAUACACGUUAACAAUUGUAAACAAAAAUACGAGACUCGAAGAAAAGUACGCGUGCGUGUACUAUAUAUGUGUAUGUAUGUGUGUGUGCGUGCGCGCGCGCGCGCGUGUGUAUGCGUAUAAUAUAAUAUCGUGAUAGCGAUAGUAGUAAUAGUAUAAUAGAAUUCGUAGUAAUAAUAGUAAAAUUUUCUUCCCACGAAUUUUUUUGAAUUAUUUUGUCAUCCACUAUUUGAGACGUUCUUGACGUUUUAUCUAUUUCAUUUUGGAAGAGAAAAGAGAAAGGAAAGAGAGAGGGAGGGAGAGAGAGAGAGAGAGAGAGAGAGAAAGUAAAACGUAGAUAAUAUGGAGCAACGGCGAAUCGGAAAAGUGGAGGGAAGCUGACGGAUCCUCGUACGCCGCGCUCGUCCUUGAACGGCUUGAAUGGACACACGGUAGUGGAUGAAAGUGAAAACGAAACUGACCGUACACCGGGGGCGGCGUGGGAGGUGGAUUCUCUGUGAUAUGGAGAACGUCGACAGGACGACGAAUCCUUCGACGACUUCCUCUGUAGCGAAUAUUUCUCUGACACACACGGGGGUCGUCCGACGAGGAAACAUUUGCCACGUAUACGACUCGUAAAACGUUCGAAGAAGCGAAGGGUCCAACGUAGAAUGGCGUUCUGAACGAUGUCGUACGUACGGUGGAACGUUCAUUGACGUUCGAACUCCAGCAUCCAGAGCGUGUACAACAACGUUGAUGGACCAUGAAAUGAGGAACUUGCGUUAAUAGGCAAAUGAAUUUUAGAGGCUACAAACUCGGUGGAUCGUGUGUGCAGUGCCACCCUCUUUAGAAUUCCCCGUCUGUGGAGUAAGGAGCUCGUAAAAGACAAAGGGGGUUGGUGUUAGAGAGGGGUGGAUGAGCCAAAGCUUAUGAGAGAGAUAGAAGAGAAAGCAAGAAAGAGAUAUAGAUAGACAAAGAGAGAGAGAGAGGGAGAGAAAGAGAGCUAUUGUCUAGUGGAGGGAUAGAGAUAAAGAGAAAGAGAGAAACAGAAACAGAGAUAGAAGAGAGAAAGAGAAAGGAGAUAAGCAAGAUGGGAGAAAGCUCACCGGAUCUUAGCCUCCGGCUUCGACGUGGAAGUUCGGACUCCCGAGACUCCUUCUAUAUGGACUUCGCUCAGGGUAUCGAUUCGGAUAUCGAAGAAGUAGCCAGGCCAGGUGACAAUUGUGACUCGUUGUUAGAGAAUCAGUUGGACGAGAAUGGUUGCGAUCUACCGUUAUUGGAGGAUAUUACGACAAUACCGGAGGAGGCAUCGGAAGAAUUGAGAGAGGAGGAGGAGGCAGCGGCAUUGGAAGCUGCGUCGCGUACCACCGACGUUCCUGUAAUUAGUAUGGAAAUGGAGAAAUCUAGCAUAGGAUCUACGAUGACAACGACAUCGACGUCGAUGACGACUACGACGGCGACGACUACGACGACGACGAUUACGACGACUAUGACUAUAACUAUGACGAUGACGACGACGACGACGAAUACGAUGAUGAUAACAAUGACGAGUACGACAACAGUUAUGACGACAACUACGAGUCCGUCUACAGGUGUUGGAACUUUCUUAACUGCAGCAGCUGCUGCUGCUGCGGCUGCAGGCACGGCUACGAGGCAAGACUGGCCAGGAUUGCCAGCCGCUUUGCCAUCACCGGCCUCGCCAUCUGCGGUAAUCGUUUCGCCGGAAACGCUGUCUAGACACAGUAGUAGCUCACCCUCACGUGCCCAUCGGUCACCUCAGUAUGCACUGGCCCUACCAUGUUCCUCUCAGCCGAUACCAACGGUUUGUUAUCCAGCACCGACCUUCCUCGAGGUUGCCGACGAUCGCAAGUGGAAGAAUCUCGGAUGCGACGCUCUUGCGACGACCCUGAGUGCCCUGUAUGGAAAACUUCUCGUCGUAAUGGGAAUCGCCUUUCCCAUGGCGGAAGUGAUAUCUACCUAUAUACCGCCAUCUUUCUACGAGGCAUUUUACCUUUACCUAUACUUUGGCAGCAUGAUCUUCCUGAUGUACAUGUAUGGUAUGCUACUCAGGGAUGGCAAACCAAAGCCAAAAAAACAGAAGGACGUAUGCGAUUUGGAUUCAUCGAGAUCAUCGAGCGGUGCUGGAGGCGAUAGCGAUGCACCUGAUACAGGAUGUCCUCAUAUGACGGUGAUACGACCUAUACAACAUUAUGGUAGCUUUUAUCUUCGAAUGGGCGCAGUCGCUUUUGGUAUCGGUUCGAUGAUUUAUUCUGGUCUUGAAUUUGGCCAAUAUUUCGAGUUGGAACGUAACACCAAGUGUCACAACAUAAUGCUGGCACUAACACCAGCUACUAGAAUGGCUUUCAUCUUCAUUCAAAUGUACUUCAUAUUUCUAAACAACGAGGAUUUCAUGUUGCAGCAAAUGAAGGUACAUCGUCAUCGGAUAGUCGCGCGUUUCGGUCUGAUGCAUAUGAUCGGUACGAAUCUCUCCGUUUGGUUGAAUGUUUUGGUUCAAGAAACGAAGCACGAGAUUCUCACGUUUUACAAUCCGGAAAACAAUUCUCUGAGGAUUUCACAUAGACUAGGUAUGAAGGGUGGAUUCCAUCUCGGUGGACACAGCCAUGUUCAUCAUGGCGAACAUCUGAGAGUACCAAGAGGAUUGAAGGGUCCUCAUCAUAUGUUCGAAUGUAGAAGAACGAAUAUCAUGGGAUCGUUGGUUCAGGACGCCAGUCCGUUUCUUUUUCCUUGCACGAUAGAGUACAGCUUGAUAUGCGCCGCUAUUUUGUACGUCAUGUGGAAGAACAUAUCUAAAACAAUGUUCGCGAAAACAAUGACUCCUCCGGGAUCUCGUCAUCACGCUCACGCUUACAGAAGAUCGCCGCAUCAUUACAGCGUCGACUGUGCCCGUGCCCACAAGGGUCUCUUCGUCGGCAUUUUUAUAUUGGUGCUAACGAUAAUAUCCUUGAUACUAUUCUUCGUCCUAAUAUCUCGUCCAGAGUUGGUAAGCUUGGCGGUAACGGAAGUAAACAUUUGCGAGUUGACACUUUAUGGAAUGUCUACUCUGGGAACCCUAAUAGGGAUGUUCCAAAUGCGUAAACUUCGUUACGACGGUGGUAGGAAUUUGGAAUUGGACAAUAUACUUUUAGUAGCCGCACAAACUGGUAUGUUCAUCUAUUCGACGUUCACGAUCAUUGGUGGACACUUUACACUACAGAAACACACCGUCUUAGUAUUGGUGACUGCUUUGGCAAGCGUAGUUCAAACCACUUGUCAGACUAUCUUCAUAUUAGACGCUUCGAGAAGAUCGGUAGCUACUGCGAAACAAAUAAGAAGAAAGCCAGGUAGAGAAAUCGUCACAUUUCUUUUGGUGACUAAUCUGGCUAUGUGGGCGAUUAACACGCUUGAAAAAUCACGAGCUGAGUCGCAUCCGGUGCAGUUGCAUUUUUACGGUCUUUGGGCCUGGACCAUAAUAACUCACGUUUCCAUGCCGCUGGCGAUUUUCUACAGGUUUCACAGCACCGUUUGCCUCUGCGAAGUAUGGAAGAGAGCGUACAAGGUGAAACCGACCUACAUGUGACGUAAGGGGUCCCGUGAAGUCGUCUGGAAGACCACGGCCCCUCAACGACCCAGAACCUUGCCGGGCAAACUCGACGCCAUUGCCGAGAACGAUCCGUCAUCGUAUUUCAUUUAAUUGAUACGAUAAUAUUCCUUCGAGACAAAAUUUUCUAAUCGCCUCACAUUUUUUACCCUCAUAUUCCCUUCCCUAUUUUCCACCCUUUCCCCUUCUGUUCCUUUUUAUCUAGUCCUUCGAAGAAAAAGAAUAAUAAGAAGAGGAAAAAGAAAAAAAAGAAACGAAAAAAGCGGAGUAUCUUUCUCGUCGUAUUGCUUUCUAUAUAUAUAGUUUUCAAAAAAAAAAGCUAUAUACAACUUUUACGUUUAUUGAACCUCUUUAAUUCCACAGAAAUAGAUUUAUCUUAUGAGAUAGAGAAAUCGUUCGAUUCAUCGAAAACAAUAUUAUACUUCGUUCAUAGAUUGAAUUAUUGUAGGUAUGAUAGGAAGGAUCGAUCGUAACGAUUCCGAUUGGUAUAAAAUACUCGUUGGAAGCGUCAAUUAUAAUACGACGAGAUAAAAGAUGAUGAUAAGGAUUAUAAAACGGAAGGACGAUUUCGAUUCAAUAUGUAAUAAGUAGGAAUUAUACGAGGAGUGACAGAUCAGUUACGCUUUCCGUAAUUUCUGUUCAAUCGAGAUCCACCAAAUAAUAAUAAUAAUAAUCAUCGGUACAACAAUUUCUUCGCUCUCACGGACAUCCGUCUUCCAAGUAGUACAAACUACAACUUAAAUAGUACUUGUCGCGUCCACGUAUAAGUGAUUUAUCUAAAGAAAAAAAAAAUAAAAAUAAAAUAAAAUGAUCGAAAGAAAAGGAAAUAAAAAUAAAAUAAUUAUUUAAAGGAAUUAUCAGGAUAAUGGUUGGGGGGUUUGCGAUUGAUAGUUGAUUUAGAUAUUUUAAACGUUAGGUCAAAUCCAUUUAGUCGGUUCGUCGUUAUUCAUCGUAAUUAUUUAUUGAACGUUGGAACAAGUCUGGAUGAUAGAUAUCACGUACAUAUUAUCUUCAUAUACAUACAUACAUACGUACAUACAUACAUACAUACAUACAUACAUACAUACAUACAUACAUAUAUACAUAGAGACACGCAAAGAAACAAACAAGAGAUUCUAAAUUAUCGUACAGAAUAUCGUCUGUAUGAUCGUAAUAACGUCAUAGAGUAGAUAGAUAUUCACGUUCGUCCCAUCGAAUGAGAUAGUUCUAUAGCACGAGUCUCUAGUUUAUUCUACGCGCACGUAGAUACACCCUAGGAUAAUAAUAAUAAUAAUAUAUGUAUAAUAUAUUUAAA